AUGUCGCCAAUUGAUCUCGUUCAAAUCUUAUAUGUGUUAUUGAUAUUGGGACCAAGUGAUCUAAAUUCAAUCUCAAUGAACGCCACAACAAACAAAAAGCAUGUAAUCCGUCUGGGCCUGAUGUUUCCUUGGACUCAUCUACGUCUCGGAUGGGACAGGUCGGCAUCAGCUGUGAGCCUUGCCAUCAAAAAAGCCAAAGAAGCGUCCCUACUCAACAAUAUUGACAUCAGCCUCCAUUAUCGAGAUGACAAGUGCAAUGCUAAACAAGGAGUCGGUAAUUUAGUGCUGUUACGAGACAAAGAUAGAGUAGAUGCCGUGAUUGGGCCGCCAUGUUCAACAUCCACCAAAUCGGCCGGGCUACUUUCAUCUUUCUGGAAUCUACCAAUGUUCACGCAUGCGUCGACUGACCCGGUUCUGGUCGACAAGAAAGUGUUCUCUACCUUAGUACGGAUAGCUCCCACCUUGAACAAGUUAGGUGGUGCUUUCGUCCAGCUCUGUAAAUAUUUCAAAUGGUCACGCAUUGUGAUCGUGUCCCGGCGAAAGAUUGACCAACUGAAUGUAUUUUGUGACUAUGCUGCACGAUCUGUAGACGAAGCGAUGCGCAAGAACAACAUGACCGUUGGUGACUGGCAGCUGGUCUCCGAUGAUUUGUCUGACACGGCCAUUGAUGACCUGCUGGACAUGAUUUCCGAGCGCGGGAGAAUCGUUCUCAUCUGCACGGAGAACCAAAGAGAUGAAAGGCAGAUCUUUCUCCGUGCUCGCCAACGUGGUAUGACAGACGGUUCCUAUGUAUUCUUCAAUUAUAAGCACUUGGACAGCAUUAUCCGCAGGCCGUGGCAGCAUCAGAACAACACCAACCUGGACUUGAAAGAGGCUUACAAAUCACUGUUUCAACUCAGUGUUCUUAAAGGUUCCAAUGAAGAUUUUAUUAAGGAAAUUCCACUCGCACUGACACAGCCUCCUUGGAAUUAUACAAAAGCCUUGGAGAAUGGAAUUCUGGGUUCCAUGUAUUCUCCAUUUCUUCACGACGUGGUUUAUUUAUAUAUUUUGACACUUAACGACACAUUAGAUAAGGGAUUGAACUGCAGAAAUGGAACUCUCAUGUUCCAUACAGCCAUAACAAAGCAAUUCAAAGGUAUAACAGGAAAUGUGAAACUGGACGAAAAUGCUGACCGAGAGCCAGAUUACGCAUUGUGGUCCUACAAAGCUGAUCCUAACAGAUUUGAAAAAGUCAUAGAAAUAUACAUGACCAGUGAAUCCCAACGGGUAAAUGAUCACUUUCUCAUUUUUCUGGGUAUUGAUAGAGUGCAGGAAAUAUUAUUGAUCAUAAUACCUACAAUACUAAUAAUCGUCAUCGCUCCAAUUGCUUUCUACCUCCGCAGAAAAAUGAAUUUGGAGCGAAAACUGCAGGAAAUGCCAUGGAUAAUAGCUUACGAAAGUUUGAGGUUUGCGGACACAAAAGCUUCCAGUAAUUUCUCUGUGUUGUCCGUGUAUUCCUGCAGGAUGACAGCUGAUGAUGGCUACCAGAUAUUCACCAGGUCUGCGUUCUUGAAUGAAACAAAAGUCAGAUUGCAGGAAUUGAAGAAAAACAGCAUUAUUCUAAACAGAGGCAAACAUCUGGAACUAAAAAUGGACAUUAUAUUCAACGACAACAUUAAAUUAGAAUGGAUGACAAUGUUUUCUAUGAUUAGUGACUUGGUCAAUGGAAUGAAUUACAUUCACAAAUCAGACCUGGCAGUACACGGCAAUUUGAAGAGUAGCAACUGCCUGAUUGACAAUAGAUGGGUGCUGAAAAUUGCAGAUUUUGGUAUUCCGAGUAUCCGCCAGAAACGAGACAAAGGAGAACUCUCUAUGGAAAAAAUAUUGGAAGAUCAAUUCUGGACGGCACCUGAGCAUUUGAGAGAAAUUAUCCCAGGAAGCAGUCAAAAGGGUGAUAUGUAUAGCUUUGGGAUCAUCUUGUACGAGAUUAUAACAAGAUCUGAUCCUUACGAAUGUGACACUUUAGAAACAGCUAACGGUAAGCAAGGCGCGAUUCAGCGUUCGAAUUUUCUAUUUCUUCCAGUCAAAAAACUCAACAUGGUGGAUUCCUUAAUCGGGAAGCUGGAAAGGUAUGCCAAUAACCUGGAGGAAGUCGUUGAACAACGUACAAAAGAACUGAGAGAGGAAAAGAAAAAAACAGACGACCUUCUCUACCAGAUGUUACCAAGGCAAGUAGCUGAGCAGUUGAAGAAAGGGCAAGUGGUCAAUGCUGAAUUGUUUAAUGAUGUGACUAUCUAUUUUUCCGACAUCGUCGGUUUCACAGCUCUCUCAGCUCUCAGCACACCAAUACAGAUCGUUAACCUCCUCAAUGAACUCUACACGAAUUUUGAUAACAUCAUCGCCAAACAUGAUGUUUAUAAGACAAAGAAUUUGGAAUAA